AUGUCCGAUAUGGAAAUGGCCGAGUCAUCAUCUUCGGGUUUCGCAAGGCAAAACAUGUCCGACUUUUCUCAUCAUUCCAUUAUCAAAAUGGAAGACGACGACGAUGGUGAAUCAUCUCAGGGUCCCAGCUCCACUCUGAGACAUUUGCAACUCGAAAGUGAGAAUCGCGACUCACCCAAUAGCUCCAUCACUUCCAUGUCCGUGGCCUCGUCGGUUGCUGAUCAAAAGCCAAAAAUCACCUUGAAAUUCAACACCCAGCCUGAAUCUCCAUCCAUGGCUAAAACCUACAUGUUCCAACGAGCUCCAACAACUUGUCGACCAAAGUCUUCCAUUCCCCCAAGAUUGUCACCCUCCGAAUAUGCGAGCCAAUGUGUCUCGGCGGCAGAGAAUUCAAGACUCAACCCCUAUGCCUUGCAUGAAGAUGAACACAGGUUGCUACAAGAUCAUCUAUGCAUCUCCCAUGUCACUGUUUAUUUGAACAUUCGAAAUGGCAUACUCAGAUUAUGGACUCGAAAUCCCAGUGUAUCCGUCAACCUUGAAGAGGCCAUCGGAUGUGCAAGAGACGAAAGAUGGACCCGUCUCGCAUGUUUUGCAUAUGAAUGGCUGCUACGUCGAGGCUACAUUAACUUCGGUUGUGUCGCACCUCCUUUGACCACCAAAUCUGGUCGGGGCCGUAAGAAGGACCCUGCCCAAGAAACAAUCGUUGUCAUUGGAGGUGGUAUGGCUGGAUUAAGUACUGCCAGACAGCUCACUAAUUUGUUUCACCACUAUCCUGAUCGCACAGCUCCCAAGAUCAUCGUGUUGGAAGGUCGACAUCGAAUCGGUGGCCGCAUUUAUUCCCAUCCACUCAACAGCAUGCGUUCCACCAAACUCUCUCCAAAUCAAAGACCGACCGCCGAGAUGGGUGCCCACAUCAUUGUGGGAUUUGAACGCGGCAAUCCUCUCAAUGAGAUUGUACGUGGUCAAUUGGCCCUAGACUAUCACCUACUGCGAGACCUCUCUACUCUCUACGAUAUCGACGGCACCCCUGUCAACGGCGUUAAUGACGCCAUGGUCGAAAGACUGUACAAUGAUGUGCUUGACCGGACGGGUAAUUACCGUCUCAAGAAUACCGUGAAAAAGACUGCGGAGGGAGAUAAAGAUGUCAUGGAUAAUGGGCGUGAACCUGCGAUUGAGGACUCCAUCACAAUCAAACAAUUUGAAGAGGCAAAAGCCCUGGGUACCAUUGACCAACUGCUCCCCGCCAAGAAGUCAAGGCGAAGAGGGGCUGGUCAUCGAGCGGCCAAGUCUGAUCAACCUUCUGAAGAAAUGGAUGUGAGUACCGAAACCAAAAUACAAUUACCAGCGGCUCAAGCCGCCAAAGAGUUUGGCUUCCUUCUGAAAAAGACCACCGAAAUGCAUGAAACCUUGGAGUUGGAUGAUCUUGCUCGAGAACCCAACCAAUCACUCGGCACCCUGAUGAAUACUGGUAUUGACCAAUAUCAGAAAUUCCUCGAUCUGAAACCUUACGCUUUACGCCUCCUCAACUGGCACUUUGCAAAUCUCGAAUAUGCAAAUGCUGCCAAUGUUGACAAGUUGAGUUUACGAGGAUGGGAUCAAGAUAUCGGCAACGAGUUUGAGGGAGAACACGCGCAAGUGGUUGGUGGUUACCAGCAGGUUCCCCGGGCGUUAUGGCGAUACCCUGAUCCGUUGGAUGUGCGCACCAACAAACCUGUCAAGAGCAUCAAGUACAGUGCAGCUGGCUCUCAAGGCAAAGCAACAGUCACUUGUGAAGAUGGUCAAUCCAUCGAAGCAGACAAAGUCGUCUUCAGUGCCCCUCUGGGAGUCCUGAAAGACCAAUCAAUUCAAUUCGAUCCUCCUUUGCCACAAUGGAAGCGUGAUGCCAUUCGCCGAAUGGGAUUUGGGUUACUCAAUAAAGUCGUUCUUGUUUUCGAGAGACCCUUCUGGGACAUCGAGAGAGAUAUGUUUGGAUUACUACGAGCCCCUCGACGGGACAAUGCUUUCAGUCUCAACCACAGCGAUUAUAAGGAGACUCGUGGCCAAUUCUACCUCUUCUGGAAUUGUAUUGAUACCACCGGUCUGCCUGUUCUGAUUGCGUUGAUGGCAGGUGAAGCUGCUCAUGAAGCUGAAUUGGUCAGCGAUGAGAUCCUCGUCAACGAUUGUGUCCACCUCCUGCGGAAUGUGUUUGGCCCUCAGAAUGUACCUCCGCCCGUCGAGUCCAUUGUCACGCGAUGGGGAUCGGACCGUUUCGCUCGAGGGACCUACUCAUUUGUCGCCGCCGAAGCGCGUCCCGGGGAUUACGAUCUGAUCGCCGCCCCAAUAUCAAACUUAUUCUUUGCAGGUGAAGCAACUAUCGCCUCACAUCCCGCAACCGUGCACGGAGCCUACCUUUCCGGCCUUCGCGCCGCACAUGAAGUGUUCCAAUCCAUGGUCGGCGAAAUCCCGAUUCCCCCAACCCUAGUCCCUGCCUCAACCGGGAGCAAGAAAGGCUCCAGUACAACAAUCGACCUGACAAAUAUGGAAACCCACCUCGCGCAAGGCGGUAAGCGGAAAGGCGACGAACUCGUCCCCGCUGGCACAUUCACGCGGCCUGUGAAAGAAAAAGACACAACUCUGAAAGAGGCUUGGGAUGCAGCGAUGUGGGUGCGAAUCUACGACGACCUCGGCCCACCACCGGUGAAGCCACCCAAAGCCAACAUCAAUUCCUUCCUCCUCUUCUCCGGUGAACACUGGGAUGAAGUCAAGACACGACUUCUGGACGAGCGCGCCAAAGCUGGCAAGAAAGCACGCCAGUCAGAGCGCGACCAGGUGCGCGUCGAAUUGGGCAAGAUGUGGUCCGGUCUCACCGACGAGGAGAAGAAACCCUACGUUGACAGGACUAACAAGAAUCGUGAGGAUAACGAGGCCGCCAUGCGCGAGUGGUCUGUCAAGGCUGCGGCAUGGGAUAAGCGGACGUGGGAGGUCAAGGAUGUUUGGAUCAAGGAAGGCAAUAGUUUCGAGGAGUUUUGUAAGCGGAAGGCGGAUGAUGAGGCCCUGAUGGAUGCGGCCGAGAUGGCCAAGCGUGUUAAGGUUUAG